CUCUCUGUUAGUCGGACAGAGGGGAACUUCACGGCGGCUACGGGUGUGGCUUCAAACGUGAUACAUCUCAACGCGGGGGAAGAAUGCUUAACGGCACUAGGGAUUAAAGCAAAAAAACAUACAGAGCAGUGAAGAGAAAUAUCAUCUGAAAAGUGUGUGGUGUGUGUGCGGUAUCCUCACUGGCAGCAGGAAUCCGUGUGUGCUCGGGUUUUCAACAGCUGGAAUACUUUUUAUUUUUGCUCAACUCCUGUUUUCGUGUGUUUUAACCUGCUCUCUUGUUUGACUGUACGAACUACCGUUUUAUCUAAAAGUGAAACGUUAGAAAAAAGUUCCUUGAGUCGCUGGACAACUUCUCAACUCUGACAAGAAACCACAAAUGCUGGUGAAGUGACUGAACAACCAAGUGUGUUUUGGGGAAUUGUUAGAAAUCCAAGUUCACAUUGCAGGAGGAAAUCUAUGUUUCUAGUCCCCUGUCGCCUCUCACCAAAAAGAGAAGUCGCCUUACCCAACUUCAGCCCUUAAAUAAGGGUUUUUCGGACUCAGCCGAUACAUUAUUUCUCAGGUGAUAUUUCCCCACUAAGCAGCAGUCCUGAAGCGCGCACUAGGAACCAUGGGUUGUACGGUUAGUCAGGAAGAUAAAGCCGCGGCCGAGAGGUCUAAAAUGAUUGAUAAAAACCUCCGAGACGAUGGGGAGAAGGCGGCGAGAGAAGUGAAACUGCUGCUGCUGGGUGCUGGAGAGUCGGGGAAGAGCACCAUUGUGAAGCAGAUGAAGAUUAUCCAUGAGGAUGGGUACUCAGAAGAUGAGUGUAAGCAGUACAGAGCCGUUGUCUACAGCAACACAAUCCAGUCCGUUAUGGCCAUCAUCAAAGCUAUGGCCAACCUUAAGAUCGACUAUGAGGAACCUACAAGAGCGGACGAUGCCCGCCAGCUGUUUGCUCUGUCCGCAGCAGCAGAGGAGCAGGGCAUCCUGCCAGAAGAUCUGUCCAACGUCAUCCAGCGGCUGUGGGCUGACGGUGGCGUGCAGGGCUGCUUCACACGGGCCCGAGAGUACCAGCUCAAUGACUCCGCAGCAUACUAUCUAAAUGACCUGGAGAGGAUAGGCAAGCCAGAUUACAUCCCCACACAGCAGGACGUGCUGCGGACCCGAGUGAAGACCACAGGCAUCGUGGAGACGCAUUUCACCUUCAAGGAUCUGCACUUCAAGAUGUUUGAUGUUGGAGGCCAGCGUUCAGAAAGGAAGAAGUGGAUCCACUGCUUUGAGGGAGUCACAGCCAUCAUCUUCUGUGUCGCCAUGAGCGCCUACGACCUGGUCCUGGCUGAGGACGAGGAGAUGAACCGGAUGCAUGAGAGCAUGAAGCUGUUUGACUCUAUCUGCAACAACAAGUGGUUCACAGAGACCUCCAUCAUCCUGUUCCUCAACAAGAAGGACCUGUUCGAGGAGAAGAUCGCCCACAGCCCCCUGACCAUCUGCUUCCCCGAAUACUCUGGCCCUAACAAGUACGAGGAGGCCCAGGCUUACAUCCAGACCAAAUUUGAGGACCUGAACAAGAAGAAGGACACCAAGGAAAUCUACACCCACUUCACAUGCGCUACCGACACCAAGAACGUGCAGUUUGUGUUCGACGCUGUCACUGACGUCAUCAUCAAGAACAACCUGAAGGACUGUGGCCUCUUCUAAAAAAACAAAUCUGAGAGAGAGUCAAGAUUACUUGAAGAGUUCCAAUGACCAUGAAGAAAGGGGGAGUAAACACACCAUGAAUGACUGCACUGGCCAACCACGAUUUCUGCUUUGAUCUGCUUUUUAUAAAGACACCUAAGAGACUAAAAACCCGACGAGACUCGCAGAAUUUCAUCAAAUGCUGAUCCAGUCGCUCGUAUUGUUAACUCUUUGGGCUAUGACCACAAAAUCAACAUUUAUAAUUGUAUUUUUGUUCUAUUUUUUUUUUUCUUCUUUAUUUUCAAUUACUAAAGGAGGUAAAGGAAAACUUUUUUAUAUAAAUGCAUUUAUUUUACUUUUAGAAAUUCUGAUGUGCAAUUAUUCAACUUUUAAUCACAGGAAGCUUAUUUUUUAAAAGAUGAAGCAUGGACAUAAAAUAUGACUGAUAAAGGAAAGUGCUUUUCUUUUUAAUAAUGUUUACAUAAGUUCAUCAUUCAUAGCCAAACCGUAUAUUGUUCUGUAUGACUCAACAUGGCAAACAUUGGCUCUGUAAUCUGCAUAAAUGAUCUAACAUUCCUACGAAAACAAAAAUAAAAAAUGUUAAAUUGCUGAAAAAGAAAAAAAAAAUGCUUCACAUGCUGGGGGAAAUUAUGACAAAAUUCUAACUGAUAUUUAAAGUAUGUGUGUAACUAACAUUCUCUCACUUUUUAUAGUACCAUUUCCAUGUCUGUCGUGGUAUGUGUGUGCCUUGACUUCUGUUUACAACCAAUUCCUAGAUAUGCUUUCAAUACUGUUUGACCUACUGUGCGCCCAUAUUUUUCUUGUGUUUUCUGCCUAGCACCUAUGAAUAUAUAGUGAUUAUUAAUGAGACAAAAAUCUAAUUCAGCAAAAGGUUAGUGUUUUUUGGUAAAUAUUAAAAUGCUUUUAAAGUCCUAUAUGAUUUAAUUUAAAUAAAAGUAGAGAUCACCUGAA